AUGACACUCAAGGCCCGGAUCGAAAAUGGCGUCGUCUAUUCUCCGUACCCUUCGGAACCCGUGCCGGAGAUGACGGUUUACCAGGUGGUGAAACACCGCCUAGAACAAUAUGGCUGCCGAACUGCUCUGGUCUGGAACGACGAAGACAUCACAUUUGCAGAGCUCCUCAAGAUGUGUCAGCGAUAUGCCGCUGGAUUCCAGGGACACGGCGUUAAGAAAGGCGAGAAGGUCCUGGUACAUUUGGACAAUUCCCUGGAAAACCUGAUCGUCAUGUACAGCGUAAUUUUCGCAGGGGGAGUUGCGGUGGUAUCCAAUCCGAUCUUGUCAAACGAUGAUAUUCUUCACAGGAUUCGAGUCAGCAACUCCGCCCACAUCCUCACCACAGUCAAUGAAGCUAAACGAUUCAGCGACUUUGGUAACAAGGUGGACGUAAAGGGUUACUUCUCCGUAGGAACCGCUCUGGGUUUUGUCUCCAUAUUGGACUUCAAGAAACUGAACGAAGACACUUUCCAGGAAUUUCCCGUGUCCGACGUGAAGGAGGAAGUCGUCGCACUGUUGUUCACAUCGGGAACGACGGGUAGCCCGAAGGCCGCUGAACACACGCACUACAGCAUCGUGGCCUCUUUACCUCACGGCUGUCUCCACUGUUUCGAGGACCACCACGUUGUGGCUUCCUGCGUACCUAUAUCAUCGACUUUUGCGUUCCGGACGUAUCUGGGUUGCAUCACCUCUGGAGCGAAGACUGUCCUUUUAUCGAAAUCUGCCGAUGCAAACGAAAUUGUGGAUGCAUUCAGGAAAUACAAGGUGACAGCGGUGUUCGGGACUCCACACUGGAUUCUGCUGGUCGCCAAGGCGAUUGAGAAGCGAGGAAUUCAGUUGGACAGUCUAACGACUGUCAUUGUGUGUGGCGCAAAGAUCACGCCCCAAAUAUUAAGGCAAAUCGAACCGUCCUUUGAUCUGGACAUCGUCAAAGACAUUUUCGGAUCCACGGAAGUCGGCGGGAUAUGCAACCCUCCCCUGGACGCGACCAGUGGACAUGGCAUUGGAUUUCCGUCCGCGAUGGUACAAAUUAAGGUUGUUGACGUCAAGAGUGGAAAAGUACUUGGACCAAACGAAGAAGGAGAAGUGCUAGUGAAGACGCCAUGUUCUAUGAAGGGUUAUUAUGGACACCCGGAAGCUACAUCGCAGACAAUUACUCCCGAUGGUUGGGUACGAACAGGCGACAUCUGCUAUUACAACGAAGUGGGUCAGUUCUUCUACGUCGAAAGAAUCAGCCAGGUCUUUCGAUGCAUGGGCAUCCUAGUGACGCCCUGCUCCAUUGAAAGCGUGUUGCUCAGCCACGACGGAAUUGAAGAGGCAGCGGUCGUCGGUGUCCCUCAUCCACGAUACCAGGAAGCGGCCAUGGCGUUUGUUGUGUUGAAGAAAUCUUGUGGCGCAAUCACCGAGGCAGAGCUCCAAAACUUCGUUGCAGGUCAACUUGGAACCUACAUGCACCUUCAUGGGGGCGUGAAAUUCGUUGACGCGCUACCGAAGAACGCCAAUGGUAAAGUAAUGAGAAAAAAACUCCUGAUGCUUCAUCAAGACGACUAA